GGGAGGGAGGGAGUGAGGAGAGCUUAUCCAUUUAUACACCAAAAGCCAUAACAUUUUGACAGUAGUCAGUUUCAAAUUGUUGUUUCCAUGAUCUAUGGCAUCAAGGAAAAUCUUCCAUGCAAAACCCAAUUACAUCUAUCCAACCUCGGAGAUCAUAACCAGUGACAACCCAACAACAUUAUUGGCUUCUGAUGUCGAGUUUGAAGAAACUGAUAUCUGGAAUUCCAAUCAUGUUAAUACAGUACCAUUAAUGGAGACCAAAAGAGCAAUGCCAAUCUCUCGGCAGCCAAAGAUCAAAACGAUCAGGAACAACGACAACAUGGGAGACAAGAUCACUCCUGCAGCAUCGACAUCAUUGCCGGUGAACAUACCAGACUGGUCGAAGAUUCUUAAAGGUGACUUUAAAGAGCAUCGAAAGAAAGAAAGUGAUGAAGAUCAUCAUGUUGAUGUUGAAGAUGAACAUCAUGAAGCUGUUAACAUGAUUCCUCCUCAUGAAUAUUUAGCGAGGACUCGAGGCGCUUCUUUCUCUGUUCAUGAAGGGAUAGGGAGGACCUUGAAAGGGAGGGACUUGCGGAGGGUGAGGAAUGCAAUCUGGAAGAAGAUUGGUUUCGAAGAUUAGUUAGUUCAGAGGCGCUACAGAAGAAGAAGAACUUCAUCGUUAUUAGAUCAAUAAGCAGCUUGAUAGGCCACUAGGUCUCUGAUCACUAUAUAUAUAUAUAUAUAUAUAUAUAUAUCUGCUGAUCUUUUGCUGGAGGGACUGAUUUAUGUAUCUUGUUAUAUAUGUUUAUUGUCCACUGAGUCUGGAGAUUUUCUCUUUCUUUUCUGGGUUUUUCUCUUUCUUUCUUUUUUCCCAGUUCUUUGAAGUUUUGGGUGUCUUGGUUUUGACUAUGAGAGAGUAGCUAAUUCUCGAUGAUCAAGCCUCCGGUAGAUGGCCACAUUCCUUCUCUUUAAUUUGCCUUUGUUUCUUAUAAUACGAUUGUAUUUAGUUUUACUGA